GGAAAUGUGUGGGUGGGGAGGGGUAGUGGGUGAGGGACCCAGGUUCCUGACACAGACAGACUACACCCAGGGAAUGAAGAGCAAGCGCCAUGUUGAAGCCAUCAUUACCAUUCACAUCCCUCUUAUUCCUGCAGCUGCCCCUGCUGGGAGUGGGGCUGAACACGACAAUUCUGAUGCCCAAUGGGAAUGAAGACACCACAGCUGGUGGGAAAUCUGGGACUGGAGGGGGCUGAUUUCUUCCUGACCUCUAUGCCCACUGACUCCCUCAGUGUUUCCACUCUGCCCCUCCCAGAGGUUCAGUGUUUUGUGUUCAAUGUCGAGUACAUGAAUUGCACUUGGAACAGCAGCUCUGAGCCCCAGCCUACCAACCUCACUCUGCAUUAUUGGUACAAGAACUCGGAUAAUGAUAAAGUCCAGAAGUGCAGCCACUAUCUAUUCUCUGAAGAAAUCACUUCUGGCUGUCAGUUGCAAAAAAAGGAGAUCCACCUCUACCAAACAUUUGUUGUUCAGCUCCAGGACCCACGGGAACCCAGGAGACAGGCCACACAGAUGCUAAAACUGCAGAAUCUGGUGAUCCCCUGGGCUCCAGAGAACCUAACACUUCACAAACUGAGUGAAUCCCAGCUAGAACUGAACUGGAACAACAGAUUCUUGAACCACUGUUUGGAGCACUUGGUGCAGUACCGGACUGACUGGGACCACAGCUGGACUGAACAAUCAGUGGAUUAUAGACAUAAGUUCUCCUUGCCUAGUGUGGAUGGGCAGAAACGCUACACGUUUCGUGUUCGGAGCCGCUUUAACCCACUCUGUGGAAGUGCUCAGCAUUGGAGUGAAUGGAGCCACCCAAUCCACUGGGGGAGCAAUACUUCAAAAGAGAAUCCUUUCCUGUUUGCAUUGGAAGCCGUGGUUAUCUCUGUUGGCUCCAUGGGAUUGAUUAUCAGCCUUCUCUGUGUGUAUUUCUGGCUGGAACGGACGAUGCCCCGAAUUCCCACCCUGAAGAACCUAGAGGAUCUUGUUACUGAAUACCACGGGAACUUUUCGGCCUGGAGUGGUGUGUCUAAGGGACUGGCUGAGAGUCUGCAGCCAGACUACAGUGAACGACUCUGCCUCGUCAGUGAGAUUCCCCCAAAAGGAGGGGCCCUCGGGGAGGGGCCUGGGGCCUCCCCAUGCAACCAGCAUAGCCCCUACUGGGCCCCCCCAUGUUACACCCUAAAGCCUGAAACCUGAACCCCAAUCCUCUGACAGAAGAACCCCAGGGUCCUGUAGCCCUAAGUGGUACUAACUUUCCUUCAUUCAACCCACCUGCGUCUCAUACUCACCUCACCCCACUGUGGCUGAUUUGGAAUUUUGUGCCCCCAUGUAAGCACCCCUUCAUUUGGCAUUCCCCACUUGAGAAUUACCCUUUUGCCCCGUACAUGUUUUUCUUCUCCCUCAGUCUGGCCCUUCCUUUUCGCAGGAGUCUUCCUCCCUCCCUCUUUCCCUCCCUUCCUCUUUCCAUCUACCCUCCGAUUGUUCCUGAACCGAUGAGAAAUAAAGUUUCUGUUGACAAUCAUCAAAAA